AUGGGUCGUUUCUCGAUGCUUCGCUUCAUAACUGAUCAAUGGCUCACUGUUCCGGAUCUUGAGAAACAGGAUUUGUCCGGCCAGACUGUGCUUGUUGUGGGUGCCAACGUUGGCCUGGGUCUUGAAGCUGCAAAGCACUUCGCGCGUAUGGGGCCGGGAAAGCUCGUGCUCGCGUGUCGCAGUCUGAAGAAAGCGGAUGAUGCUGCGAAAGAGAUCAAGAAGACGACCGGUUUCGAUCGAACGGCAUCGUAUGCCGUCGAGUUAUCCGUGUUCUCGUCCGUCAACAGUUUCGUAGACGAGUUCCAGAAGAAGGAAGGUCGUCUUGACAUCUUGAUGUACAAUGCCGGUGUGGCUCUAUCGCAGUAUCGGCCGACUGGAGAUGGGUUCGAGGAAACAAUUCAAGUAAACGAUCUAUCAUGCGCAUUAGUAUGCAUCGGUCUUCUCCCUCUCAUGCUGAAGACAUCGGCGGCUACGACCUCCGCCUCCCAUCGACCGCGCAUCACGGUAGUUGCCAGCGGUACUCAUCAUUGGACGAAGCCGCAUCCUGAGCAACUCUCCAGCCCGAACUACCUGCUCAAAUUGAGUGAUGCGGAGCAUUGUGAUUCGAAGAUCAUGGCAGAACGGUACCCUGUCUCCAAAUUGAUCAACAUCCUCUUCGCCCGCGAACUCGCAGAGCGUGUGAGUGCAUCUGAAGUUGUCAUCGACAGCGUCAGCCCGGGCUAUUGUUAUUCGGCGUUACGACGGAGCUUAGGCUUCCUGCAAAACAUCCAGAUGUCACUCAUGGAUCUCUUCUUCGGUCAGUCAACGGAAGUGGGAGGGAGACAGAUCGCCUGGGCAGCACUGGCCCAUCGGAAUUGCGAGCAUGUGAUACAUGGUAGAUACUCCCAGUACAUGGAGGUUGUCGAAGAGAGUGACUGGGCUUUAUCGGAGGAGGGUUACGCGGUGCAGCGGCGUCUCUGGACGGAGACGGUCGACAUUCUCAGGACGGUGUCCCCUAGUUUUGCUCACGUCGUAGACCAAUACUUGUCGUAG